AAUGGAGUACGGGAGCGGACUGACAGCACGCCCAGACCGCACGCAUCAGCUGAGUUCUCAGUGAAAGCACUUCUGGGAAGCAGCCAUGCCCCUGGUGAAGAGGAACAUCGAGCCACGACACCUCUGCCACGGGGCACUGCCAGAGGGCAUCGGCAGCGAACUGGAGUGUGUGACCAACAACACACUGUCUGCCAUCAUACGCCAGCUCAGCAGCCUCAGUAAACAUGCAGAGGACGUCUUUGGUGAACUCUUCAAUGAGGCCAAUACAUUUUACCUACGUGCAAACUCACUGCAGGAUCGCAUCGAUCGACUCGCCAUCAAAGUCACCCAACUCGACUCCAGCAUGGAGGAAGUCUCUCUCCAGGACAUAAACAUGCGGAAAGCCUUCAGGAGUGCUACCAUUCAGGACCAGCAGGUGGUGUCCAAGAGUAGCAUCCCCAACCCAGUGGCAGAGAUGUACAACAACAGCGAUAAACCACCACCUCUCAACAUCCUCUCCAAGUACAGGGACGACCUCACGGACGGGAUGAGGUUUUACACGGACCCCUCUUACUUCUUCGACCUGUGGAAAGAAAAGAUGCUGCAAGAUACGGAAGAUAAGAGGAAAGAGAGGAGGAGACAGAGAGAGCAGAAGCGCUGUGUGGAUGGUACGUUGCCACGAGAGGUCAAGAAGGUGCGUAAGGCUCGUAACCGGCGUCAGGAGUGGAAUAUGAUGGCCUUUGAUAAAGAGCUGCGGCCAGACCACCGCCAUCCCCACACUCUCCACCGGGGGGCGUCGUCUGAGGGCUCACUGUCCCCUGACAGCAGGCCACUAGGCCCUGAUAUUCCAGACUACCCAAUCACAGCAGGUCAUCCCCACAUUCCACCCAAUCACGUGCACCCACACACAGAGAUUUCAACAGGACCUAGUGGAGGGGUAGAGCAUGAAUACCACAGCAUUGGAGGAACUGUCGGAGCAAAUGUGGGAGUGGGCGUGGCCAUGGGAUACAGAGUUGGCACACUAAGCCGUACCCACCCACCCCCUGUCCAAAAUCCACCCCGUGAGGGUGGAGUCAAUGGAAACAUCACCCUCCCACCUGCAGACUACGGAAUGAUGGAGUAUUAUGCUAGUUCUGGUCCUCCUCCACUUCCCCCUGGUCCUCCCAUUCCGUCUGCACAGACGGCUUUUGCCACGCCCCUCAUGGGCACUACUCCACCCCCUCCCCAUGCUUGUCCAGUCUCUGGGAUCAUAGGCUAUCCUCUUCCACCUGUCCCACCUCCUGGACCCAUCCUGGCCCCGCCCCCCCCAGGUCCCCCACCGCCUCCCACUCCUCCAGCACUCCCCCUCUCUAUUGGCUUUGGAGAAGCAAAGAGACAGGAAUCCCAGCCAAUUACAGACGCUCGAAGUGACCUCCUGUCAGCUAUACGAAUGGGUAUCCAGCUGAAGAAAGUCCAGGAGCAACAGGAGCAGCAGGCUAAGAGAGAGCCUGUCGGUAACGAUGUGGCCACCAUCUUGUCCCGACGCAUCGCCGUGGAGUACAGCGACUCAGACGACGAUUCAGAACUCGACGAAAACGAGUGGUCAGAUUAACGCACGCACAUAGUGAGGAGAAUAUACACACACA